UAACGUCAGUUGCGCUUCUUUGCGCAACUUGUGUGAUCUUCGUCAUCUAUACCCGUCAGUGAAAAGUCUACCCGAAGUUGGUGCAAGGUAAGAAGUAGUAUUAUUUUCUUUGAAGGUUUUGGGUCUUCAAGGAUCUUGACACUAUAAAUAUUAGCGGAUUUUAUGACGUUCAAUGUUUUUGUUGGAAGACUGAGACCUUCGUCGCGUGCGUAUUGGUUAUUGCAUUGACUUGUCUCCAUGUGGGUCUGAUUUAUAUUUGGACACGGGAGGUAGCGUGAAGUAGCGUCGUUUGCAGAGGAUUCUCAAAAGCUGCAAAAUGUAUAAGAUAAGAGAAACGAUUACGAAUAUUGCGAAAUCUACUAGCGAAUGGUCGGAAGCGAAAUUUAACAGUUCAAUCAGCAAUGGAAGAUGUCAGAAGUUGCGAGAUUCAUCACCCAUCAGAGAAGAAAAAGGAAGAUUUUUUCGUUCUUUUAAUGAGUACAAAUUUUUGAUUUGUACAGUGUGUUUUUCUACAUCAAUUGUGAUCUUGAAACUACUCUAUGCCAACAGUGAUAAUUUUCGUAAAAUCUACCGUUAUGGUAAAAGAGUUUUAAAUACACCAUUCUCGCUGACCGAUUUUAGUUUUCUGUCACCUUUGCAAGCGGCAUUCGUAGCAGUAUGGAGUAUUAUAGUCGACCUGAACUGGUUAUUUAUACCUGCUGUAGUUGGAAUUGCUACCACUUUCAUCACGUGGCGUUUUGUUUACUGGGACAGCAGAAUUCCUGGUAUUCAGCCACCUAGUCCUUUCUCGCCUAAAGUCCAGAGCAAGAAACCAUCUUUUCUGGUAUACAUGAAGUUACCAUUGCAAGUGACUGAAAUGAACCUGGAAAUAAAUCACGAAGACCACAAAAACUCGUGGAAGAAGAAUAAGAUAUGGGAUGAAAUUGGGAAGGAAAUCAACGAAACUGGUGAAGAGGCUAAAAAAAAGUGGAAAAAUCUCAGAGACGCGUUUGCCAAAUUUAUUAGAACUCCUCCAAUGAGAACGACACACACUGGAAGGAGAGGCAAAAAAUGGAUGUGGGCUAAUAAGAUGGAGGCCUUUCGCCCUUUCCUGCCGUUUGCAACAACUGCUUCCAAUGUUUCAGAAAUCGAAUCAAAGAAUAUUAAUGUAAUAUCACAAUCAACAGAGGAAAAUGCCCCUCAAUCCGAAGAAGUUGGCGAUGAAGCAGGGGACUCAGAAAAUGUCGAAGUUGAUAAUAUGGAAAUUACAGUGAACACUCACUUCUCGGAUUCACUAUCAGUGUCAGAAAUUCCUACAAUCACCCCAACUAUGGAUGCUUCAGGGAAACAAAAACCCGAUAGAAAACGACGUUCAGAAAUGUCUUCUGUGUCAGAAUUGUUACAAUAUUUUGAAAAAAGUAAAGAAGUGGAUCCUGUGAAUAAACGAAUGGAAGAAUUAUUUGUAUCAGACAAAUUAUUCUGCUCAUUUUGCAAUGUUGCUUUUGAAGAUAAGUUCCAACAACGAUUACACUAUAAGCUUGAUUGGCACCGUUAUAAUUUGAAACAAAACCUAAUUGGACGAUCAUUUGUUACUGAAGAAGAAUUUCAACAUCUAGCAGAUGAUGUAUCCAGCAUAUCCGGAUCUGAGACUGAUAGUGAAGACAAUGACGAGAAUGAAGACAAUUCAGAAGUAUCACUCAAAAAUACAGAGACUAAAAAUAAUCUUACCUCUCAAAAAUUACAGAUUGAACGGCAUUGCAAAGUUUUCUUUGAGAACGUUGAGGGAAAGAUUCUUUCAAUUUACCGAUGUGUACUCCAUGACAAAAAAAUGGGUCCUGACAAUGAUAAUGAUUUAGUUACGUCUGCUCUGCAAUCUAUAGAGAAACCUACAUGGGCAGUUAUAAUGUUAGGAGGAGGGCACUUUGCUGCUGCUGUAUUUCAGGGGAAAGAAGCUAUUGUGCAUAAGUCGUUUCAUUCAUAUACUGUUAGAGCUCGCCAGGGGGGAGCCCAGAGCUCCCGAGAUGGUCGAUCUGGUGGCAGUCACCCCAAGAGUGCUGGAGCAAGCCUACGGAGGUACAAUGAAGCUUCUUUUAACCAGCAUAUACAAGAUAUUUUAACAGAAUGGAUUAGUCACCUUGAAGCUUGUAGCUUGAUUUUAUGUCGUGCUGUUGGUCACAAUCGUCAUAUACUAUUUGGUGGGCGCAACCCUCCUCUUAGCAAUGCUAAGGAUUUUCAGUCAUCCUUUCCUGUGUCACCAAAGAAAAUCAAAUCUAAAACAUUGGUAGAUCGAAAAGAUGAUGCAACACAACAAAGUGACAAUGUAGAAACUGUGGUGGCAAAGGAGGAGGGGGUUACAGCGGAAACCAAGGAAGAAAGGGAAGGCCGGCUUUCUCGUUCUCCUUCUCAAAAAAAGCCAAUUAACCGUGCAAAGUCACGCCCUUCCCCACAUCGUCCCCUGCCAGAAAUUGUAACAGAAAUUUUAGCACAAAGCUCACCGGAAGUGAGUGAUAUGGAUGAUGGGGAAAUCAGGUGGAGUGGACAAGAUGAGGAAAUCUCUAUGCAACAUGACCUUCAGGAGUUUGAGGAUACUGUUCCACAAUGGGUGAAAGACAAAAAAACAAAGAAACAGAGUAAACAAGUAAAGAAGAAGAAAUCAGAUAGUAAAGACAGCAAGAAAGUAGAGAAAUGUAGUGAAGCAGUGAGAAUUCUUCGCCAAAAACUGUUGGCAGCAUGCAAACUUGGCAACACAACGCUUUUGCAAGAGUGUCUUAAAAUAGAGCGUAAUGACACUUCUGAAAUUUCUAGUGAAGAUAAAAAGACAAAUAAUAGCAACAUUGUUACUUACGAUGAACUUCUUGGUUGUCUUAAUGAACAUGUUACUGACAAUGGCAGCACUCUUUUGCAUAUAGCCGCUGAAAAUGGAAAUACUGGAAUGAGUUUGCUAGAAGCUGGUUGUGAUCCCAGUUUGAAGAAUAAAAAGUCUCAGGCUCCAUUUGCAGUGUCUGUAGACAGAGAGACAAGAAAUGCUUUUAGAAAAUUUAUGGGAGAAUUUCCUGAUAAAUAUGAUUAUAGAAAGUCACAGAUUCCUGGACCUUUGACAGAUGAAAUGGAACGAGAAUUGGCUGAAAAACAAAAGGAACUUAGAAAAGCAAAACGAGCAAAAGAGAGGGAAAGGAAGAAGGAAGAAACUGAAAAAGACAGAUUUUUGAAACUUAGUGAUCGAGAAAAGAGAGCAUUAGCUGCAGAGCGAAGAAUUCUUGAAAGCAAUGCACAAGGGCGAAGUAAUAUAAAAGUUGUGACACGAUGUUUUGAGUGUGCAGUUGAUAUUACUGGUAAAGUGCCAUUUGAAUAUGAUAUUCACCGUUUCUGCACCAUGGAAUGUUUAAAAAGACAUCGUCAAAAAAUGAAGCUGGAUCAGAAAUAAGAGUCUCUUCGUUUUUAUUUCUGGAAAUUAAUUGGUGUAUCCAAACCGGAAAAAUGGUAUUGAAAUUUGUACAUUGGAAGGGAAUUGAAUACAGAGAGAUACAUAUUGCAUUUCUAAAAUAAAUGAGUAGUAUGUUUAAAAAUUAGUAUUGUAUGGAAGGAAUUUUUAGUUUUGCAGGUUCAGGAUGUUAAUAAAGCAAAUACGCAAGAUAAGGUAUUUGCUUUUAUACAGAUUUAUUAAUUAUUUAUACUGGUACUACUUAACAUAAUAUCAGAACGCAGUAUGAUUUCAUGUAAAAAAGCCUUUGAUCUAAAUUAUUAGAGACAAUUCACAAUUUUUAAAUGUGAUUGAAGGAUUAUGUAAGAACUUAAGAGUAUGUGAAAAUGGUACAGUUUUGAAAAUAUUAAAAUGCAAUGUUUUUUGUAAUUUCUGUAAUUAUUAAUUUAUUUAUUCAUUCUGGUUUAUUUGUCAAUAAUUUUAUGUAGAAUUUUUGUUAAGAUGUUUUUUUAAAUAUAUUCAGAAAUUAAUCAAUGUUUCAAUUGUAACUUGAAUUUAAAAAUAAUUGUUCAUAAAUUAAGGAAGUUUCAUGCAUAAAAUAUCUUCAGCCUUUUCUUCUAUUAUUUUAUUUAGCUACAGUACUAGACUAACUCAGGAAUUAAUAAUUUUGAAGCAAUAUAAAAAUUCCAGAAAGCAA